UUGGCCCUGACUCCUCAGACCUGCCCCCGACAAUUGCGGGGUUGAAGAGGCACGUAGCCAUGUCAAUCGAUUCAUCCGGUCGAUCCUCUCCAUUCUAGGAAGCUCCGUUUGGAUCCUGCGAUAAGCGUUGAGAAGCCACCCGACGGAUACAGCAGGUAAGCAGCAGGAUUGUUUGAAGCUGCCUAGAGAAAAUGAGCCAUGUAUGGUGACACCGUACGCGGAUAAUUAUGGAGCAAUCGUCAGGGCUAAGCUUGUUCACAAUGUUCCGUUGAUUCCGUCCGUGCCAACCAAGUCAUGCCAUAUGCCGGGAAUACUACCAGGCUAAGUGACUAGUCGAUAUCGCAAUCCAAUGUUUGUAUGUACAUUGCAUCCAAGGCCCCCAAUGGCUGCGUACAGCCCCCUCUCCUCUCACCGUGCGGGUCCUAGAUCGAUGCUGGAAGUCUGUUGUACCCGACGUAUAAAAGUCAGAGGAUAUUCCUCUGCCUGCUAGCCUCCCCAGUGACUGAAGACGUUGCGAGUAACUUAUAUCCAGCUUGCUUAUUGCUGGAUAGCAGCUCUCCCUUGCGUACGUAUAGGACAUAUAUCAAACGAGGGACCAAGAGUGGACUGUUCAACCCUAGUAACCAUGCGCGGCUACGGAUUUCUCUCGGUGCUACCCUUGGUUGCAGCCAGCUGGGCCCUUCCAGGAAGAACCCCGGCGUCUGUCGGCAGACGACAGCUACCCAAAAACCCCACCGGGGUCAAAACCCUUACAACCGCAAACAAUGUCACCAUCCGGUACAAGGAACCCGGUAAAGAGGGCGUCUGCGAGACCACCCCGGGGGUCAAAUCCUACUCUGGAUAUGUCGACACCUCUCCCGAGUCCCAUACCUUCUUCUGGUUCUUCGAAGCUAGACAUAAUCCAGAGACUGCACCUAUCACAUUGUGGCUGAACGGUGGCCCGGGGAGCGAUUCUUUGAUCGGUCUCUUUGAAGAGUUGGGCCCUUGCCAAAUCAAUUCAACUUUUGAUGAUUACAUCAAUCCUUACUCGUGGAACGAGGUCUCCAAUUUACUAUUCUUGUCCCAGCCAUUGGGAGUUGGAUUUUCUUAUAGUGAUACAGUUGAUGGGUCCAUUAACCCUGUCACUGGGGUCGUCGAGAAUUCAAGCUUCGCAGGAGUUCAGGGCCGCUACCCAACCAUUGAUGCCACUCUAAUCGAUACUACUAAUCUUGCCGCAGAGGCCGCGUGGGAAAUCCUUCAAGGAUUUCUUGGUGGACUGCCGAAAUUGGAUUCUAGAAUAAAAUCUAAGGACUUCAGUCUAUGGACGGAGAGUUACGGAGGGCACUAUGGUCCUGCAUUCUUCAAUCAUUUCUAUGAGCAGAAUGAGAGAAUUGCCAACGGUACGAUUGAUGGUGUCCAGCUUAACUUCAACUCUCUGGGAAUUAUCAACGGCAUCAUCGACGAGGCAAUCCAGGCGCCUUACUACCCCGAAUUCGCUGUGAACAACACCUAUGGUAUCAAGGCUGUCAACGAGACCGUCUACAAUUACAUGAAGUUUGCCAACCAAAUGCCAAACGGUUGCCAAGAUAUGAUUUCCGCUUGCAAACAAACAAACCGCACCGCAUUAGCUGACUACGCCCUCUGCGCCGAAGCUACCAACAUGUGCAGAGACAAUGUUGAAGGGCCAUACUACGCCUUUGGUGGUCGUGGUGUGUAUGAUAUUCGGCAUCCAUACGAUGACCCAACCCCGCCAAGUUAUUACAACGAUUUCCUGGCAAAGGAUUCUGUCAUGGACGCCAUUGGCGUCAACAUCAACUACACCCAGUCCAACAAUGAUGUCUACUACGCCUUCCAGCAGAAGGGCGACUUCGUCUGGCCCAACUUCAUCGAAGACCUCGAGGAGAUCCUCGCUCUCCCCGUGCGUGUCUCCCUCAUCUAUGGCGACGCCGAUUACAUCUGCAACUGGUUUGGCGGCGAGGCCGUUUCCCUCGCCGCGAACUACUCCCACGCCGCCCAGUUCCGAAGCGCAGGGUACACGCCCCUGAAAGUCAACGGCGUAGAGUAUGGGGAAACCCGCGAGUAUGGUAAUUUCUCCUUCACCCGUGUCUAUGAGGCAGGCCAUGAAGUCCCCUACUACCAGCCCAUCGCCUCCCUGCAAUUGUUUAACCGGACGCUCUUUGGUUGGGAUAUCGCAGAGGGCCAGAAAAAGAUCUGGCCCAGCUACAAGACGAACGGAACGGCCACGGCCACACAUACGCAGUCGUCUGUGUCGCUGCCUACGGCUACCGGCAUGUCCAGUGCUGGCGUCAUAGGAAUCCACUGAUGGCAUAGCAUAUGACGAGACAGUUGAAACAAUAUGACGUCACGUUGCCUGAAGCAGAAAUGUAAUGUCCAAAACGUAGUAGUAUAUGUAUAUGCAGGUACGGAGUCUGUGUGGAAAGACAUAGGCUUUUGUCACUUCGAGGCAUGCCAUAGGAACCAGGGGUAUGAGCACGUAAUCCAGCUGCAAAUUAUAUAACAGUCCAUCUCGGCUUUCUCAGUUUACGUCAGAAGACAGAGAUCCGUUAAAUUCUUAUAUUAAAUCAUUCGUGACAACUGGGGGUAAUUAAAUACAUGUUUU